AUGGCGAUCGGAAAGCACUCGCGCCUGCAUAACUUCCGAGGAGGCAAGGAAUCCUCAGUUGCUCACUGCGGAAGCACAGACACCGAGCAGGGAAAAGAGAUGCGAUGCAACUCGCUGCUUGGCGGAGUAGACCAGAUUCGGAGGCACAGGACCGCCUUCACCCGGGAGCAGCUGUCCCUCCUCGAACAGGAGUACUGUAAAGAGAGCUACGUGUCUCGACCACGAAGAUGCGAACUGGCUGCAGCGCUCCGUUUACCAGAGUCAACAAUUAAGGUUUGGUUCCAGAAUAGGAGGAUGAAGGACAAGCGGCAGAGACACACGCUGAGCUGGUCGCAUCCUUUCAGUCCCAGCCUGUACACCUACAUGAUGAGCCAGGCAGCGGCCAGGCUGCCCUACUCCUACCUACCUCACCCUCCCCUGCACCUGUACUCUCACCUGGGAGCGGGGAGCUCCAUGGCUCCCAGCACAUUCCGAGGCCCACUUAGGCCCCUGGACCCUCUGCUGCUCACUGACUCUGCCCAUCCCCGCUGUGAGCUGCCGAGCAGCAAGGAUAGGCAGCCCUUCUCUACAUUCCUUCCCAAGCAAUAUAACAUCCCUUUGCUUGCCAUGGUGCCAUCUGCCUCCACAGGUGGCCAGACCAACUUUGCAAAGAUACACAGGAGGCCUUUCUGA